AUUUAUUCUGCCUCAACUCCACUCUAACUCCAGUUAACACUGAGACCUGUUAGAGUCCAGUUAGACCCAGUCUGACUCCAGUUUGACCCAGUCUGACUCCAAUUGAACUGCUGUUUGCAGAGAUGAAGCUGCUGCUGUUGUUGUUGCUGAUGGAGCGAGCUGCAGCCCAGCAGAGAGGUCUCUUCCCAGCCAUCUUGAACUUGGCCAGUAACGCGGUGAUCAGCAGUAAUGCGACGUGUGGAGAUCCAGAACCAGAGGUUUACUGUAAACUGGUUGAACAUGUUCCAGGACGACGGAUUAAAAACCCGCACUGCCCAAAAUGUGACGCCAACUCUGUUUUGUCCAAAGAGCGGCAUCCAAUCACAAACGCCAUCGAUGGAACAAACCAGUGGUGGCAAAGCCCAAGCAUCAAGAAUGGACGACAGUUUCACUGGGUCACCGUCACACUGGACCUGAAACAGAUUUUUCAGGUCGCUUACAUCAUCAUCAAGGCAGCUAACUCUCCUCGACCAGGUAACUGGAUUCUGGAGCGUUCUUUGGAUGGUGUGACCUUUGACCCCUGGCAAUUUUAUGCCAUCAGUGACUCUGAGUGUUUAUCUCGUUAUGACAUCACACCGAGACUCGGACCUCCGACCUACAAGAGCGACACGGAAGUGAUCUGCACGUCAUACUACUCCAGACUGAACCCUCUGGAACAUGGAGAGAUCCAUACCUCUCUGAUUAACGGUCGACCUGGUGCUGAUGAUUUGACCUCUGACCUCCUGAACUUCACCUCAGCUCGUUACAUCAGACUGCGGCUGCAGCGAAUCAGAACACUCAACGCUGAUCUGAUGACACUGAGCGCCCGUGAUCCACGAGACAUUGACCCCAUCGUGACUCGGAGGUAUUUUUACUCCAUCAAAGACAUCUCAGUGGGCGGGAUGUGUAUCUGCUACGGCCAUGCCCAGAGCUGCCCGCUGGACCCUGUUACCAAGAAGCUGCAGUGUGUGUGUGAGCACAACACCUGUGGAGAGAGCUGUAAUGAGUGUUGCCCUGGUUACCACCAGCAGCCAUGGCAGCCAGGAACCGUCUCCGAGGGAAACACAUGUGAAAAGUGUAACUGUCACAACAAAGCAGGUGACUGUUUCUACAAUCAGACUGUCGCCAACCUCAGGUUGAGUCUGAACAUCCGUGGUGUUCGUCAGGGAGGUGGAGUCUGCAUCGACUGCCAACAAAACACCGCUGGCAUCAACUGUGAGACCUGCACUGAUGGAUACUACAGACCAGCACAGGUUUCUCCUUAUGCAGACUCUCCUUGUAUUGAGUGUAACUGUGAUCUGAGAGGAUCAGAGUCUUCAGUCUGCACCAGAGACGACACAGUGCCAGGUGUGUUUGCAGGUCAGUGUGUGUGUAAGGAGGGUUUUGCAGGUCGACAGUGUGACCGUUGUGCGUUUGGAUAUAGAGAUUUUCCUCAGUGUGUUCGCUGUGAGUGUAACCUGGCCGGCAGCAUCAACACUGACCCCUGCAGCGACUGCAUCUGCAAGGUGAAUGUGAUGGGAGCACACUGUGAUCUGUGUAAACCAGGUUUCUACAACCUGCAGGCCGCACAUCCGCUUGGCUGCACCGACUGCUUCUGCUUCGGUGUGUCCGAUGUCUGCGAGAGCACCGGCUGGUCCACAGUACAGAUGCUUCAUACAGACGCUUGGCUCCGCCCCUCUCAGUCCCACCAGACACACCCUGUUGUCCAUGGCAAUGACCUGCCCAUUCCCAGGAACACCUCCUCUGGCCAGGCCCACCAACAACUGCUGUCAUGGGCAGCGCCCAACAGUUUCCUUGGGAACAAGCUGGUGUCCUAUGGAGGUUUCCUGAACUACACUGUGGUUUAUGACAUCCCAUUGGACAAUGAGGAUCGUUCUCUCCCAGCUCACUCUGACAUCAUCAUGGAGGGUAAUGGUCGAGCCCUUCGUCUCUCACCACCUCUCCACCUCUUCCUUUCGCCACUGGCUGGGCGCUCAGUUGCCAUAAUGAUGGUCCCACAGCAGUUCAUGGACAUGCAAACAGGCCGUCUCAUUAACCGUGACGACCUGCUGUCAGUCCUUGCUGAUGUGACAUCACUGAGGGUCAGAGUUCACCUGAACACCUCUGCUGAUGGGCCGAUACGGCUCAGUUCAGUGUCUCUGGAUGUUGCCGAUUCUGGUGCAGUUUCUGGUGUUCAGGCGGUUGCUGUGGAGACAUGUGAAUGCCCUUGGGGUUACAGCGGCACUUCCUGUGAGUCAUGUCUUCCAGGCUUUUACCGGGUGGGUGGAGUCUUGUUUGGAGGAAACUGUAUGCAAUGUGAAUGUAACGACCACGCUGCAGAGUGUGAUAUCAAUGGAGUUUGUUUGGGUUGUACCCAUAAUACGACCGGUCCUCACUGUGAUCAGUGUCUCCCUGGUUUCUAUGGCGAUGCCACAGAAGGAACAGCUGAGGACUGUCAGCGUUGUCCAUGUCCUCUGACAGAGCCGACCAACAGUUUCAGUCUCACCUGUGUUCUGGACACAUCUGGGAAGGUGUCAUGUGACCAGUGUCAGGAUGGAUACACAGGGACCAACUGUGAGAGGUGUGCCAGUGGUUUCUAUGGUAACCCACAGGUAGUGGGCGGAACCUGCACCCCCUGCGAAUGCAACGGUAAUGUGGAUGUCAGCGAGGCGGGGCACUGUGACACUGUCACCGGGGAGUGUCUGCGUUGCCUUGGCAACACUGCUGGCAGACACUGUGAGGUCUGUCAGCUCGGUUACUAUGGAGACGCCGUACAGGCUAGGAACUGUCAGGAGUGCAGCUGUGAUGUCAGUGGCGCCAUCUCCAGUGUGUGUGAUGUCAUGACGGGUCAGUGUAUGUGCAGAGAAAACGUGACAGGACGCACCUGCAACCGCUGCCAGUCGGGGUUCUUCGGGCUGCAGAGUGGGCGGGGCUGUCAGGCCUGUGGCUGCAUCCAAUCAGGGUCUCUGUCUGAGUCAUGUGAUGAUGAGGGACGGUGCCAGUGUGUGGAAGGCGUGGCUGGAGACAAGUGUGACCACUGUAGCCGUGGUUACUAUGGUUUCCAUACCAACAGAUGCACAGCAUGCAGCUGUGAUCACACCGGCGGGAACUGCGACCCCGAGAGUGGCGAGUGCAUCUGCCCCGCCCACACAGAGGGAGACACCUGUGACAGGUGUGAGACAGGUUACUGGGGUCACGACCCUGUCACAGGCUGUAAGCCAUGCAGCUGCAAUGCAGAGGGAAGCUCCGCCCCUCAGUGUGAUCUGACCAAUGGGCAGUGUCGGUGCAGAGACGGCUUCUCUGGCAGGUUAUGUGACCAGUGUGCCCCUGGUCACUAUGGUUUCCCAGCAUGCUCGGCGUGUGGCUGUGACAUGGCGGGAACAGAGGAGGAGUUCUGCAACACGACACUGAAAGUGUGUGAUUGUCAACACACUGGAGAGUGUGUGUGCAAGGUGGGCGUGGCCGGCCGGCGCUGCGAGGAGUGCAUCUCUGGUUGGUUCGGUCUCUCGGCUGAGAGUCCAGACGGCUGCUCUCAGUGUUUCUGCUCCGGUCUGAGUGGAGACUGUGAGGAGCAGGGAGGCCUCAGCAGAGUCCCAAUAACCCUGGCUCGCUCUCCAGCUCUGUUGACAUUGGUCAGUCAGUCUAACCUGCAGGGUGUAGUAUCUGGAGUUUAUCAGCAGAACGACGACAUUUUGCUCGACACCCGUCAACUCAACACCAGCAGGCUGGCCGGCCCGCUCUACUGGAGACUGCCCCGCCAGUUCGAGGGCAACCAGCUGCUGUCGUACGGUGGCCUGCUGUCUUAUGUUGUGACCUUUUAUGCUGAGGACGGCUCUGGGCUGGCCAAUCGGGAGCCUCAGGUGCUGAUGAGGGGUGGGACCCUGAUGAAUCUGGUCAUAUACACAGACAUGGUUGCUCCUGGCAACGGCAUCAGGACACAGCAUGUCAUCAGGCUGACAGAGCACAAGUGGAAGUAUUUUAACUCGGUGUCGGAGAAGCCGGUGAGUCGUGCUGACUUCAUGUCCGUUCUCAGUAACGUCCAGUACGUCAUCAUCAAGGCUUCAUACGGGACGAGACUGCAGCAGAGCAGGAUUUCCAACGUCACCAUGGAAACAGCAGAGGAGGCGGAGAAGGCUGAGGGGGGCGGGGCCAGACUGAUCGAGUCCUGCAUCUGUCCGCCGGGAUAUGCCGGACUGUCCUGUCAGGACUGUGCUCCUGGUUAUUUCCAUCAGCCUCGGUCUGAGUUGUCGUCUCAGGAUCAAAGGUCGCUGUUUGUGCGUCCGUGUGUUCCCUGUCGCUGCAACAACCACAGUGAGAGCUGCGACCAGGAGACGGGAGAGUGUCAGGACUGUCAGCAUCACACCGGUGGGCGGAGCUGCGAGCUUUGUGCCCCGGGGUAUUAUGGGAACGUCAGCGGCUCCAUCAGUGACUGCUCGCUGUGCUCCUGCCCCCUCCGCGACAACAGUUUCAGCCCCACAUGUGUGUCAGAGGGAGCGUCUGGUGAUUUCCGCUGCACCGCCUGUCAGACGGGAUACGAGGGGAGAUACUGUGAGAGGUGCUCUGCUGGUUACUAUGGUAACCCCUCGCUGCCAGGUGGGAGGUGCUCACAGUGCAGCUGCAGUGGGUGGGGCUCGCUGCAUCCGCUGUGUGACCCACUGACUGGACAGUGUGACUGCAAGGAUGGGGUCAAAGGUCACCUCUGUGAGCAGUGUGAUGAGAGGCACAUCCUACAGGGAGGAGAGUGUGUGUCUUGUGAUGACGAGUGCACCGGUGUUCUGCUGGACGACUUGGAGAAACUACACAACCACUUCCUGUCUGUUAAUAUGAGCGGUGUUGCCAUGGCGCCCUACAGCCAGCUGGUGGCGGUGGAGAACCAGACCAGGAGCAUCCAGGUGGCGUUUUCAGGGAACAGUUCUGUCACUCUCCACCUGUCCAGAGUGGAGGAUGACUUAAGUCAUUUGACCUCUGACCUCAGCGCUCUGCUACAGCAGGUCACACAUCUUUCACACGACCUGGAGGAAGUGGGCGUGUCCACCAACAACAGUCUUUCCCAGGGUGCACUGCUGCUGGAGAGCAUCGGCAACCUUCAGGACAACAUCCAGGUGCUUGAGAAGGAGGCGGGGCAUCUGAACCAGACCACAGAGGUGGAGUUAGGUGCAGCCAAUCAGACGUAUUUGCUGGAUGAGGUGGCAUCCAUGUUGGAAACCAUCAGAGCUGUCAAUCUAACAGCCGCCAACACUGCAGCCAAUCAGGAGCUCAGCCUUACAGAGUCUGUCAUCAACUUGCUGCAGGUGCACUUCCUGUCCAGCAGUGUGGCGGUUGACGAGCGGCUCCGCCCCCUCACCGCCUCCCUCUCUGUUCACAUGGAAAUGCUGCAACAUGCACACACACAACUGAGCAACGCUGCACAACGAAACACACAAACACAACAACAGCUGGACAACGCAAACACUCUCCUCCAACGCUAUCAGUCUGUCCAUCAGAACGUGUCGGCUGUCAGUGAGUCUUUGGACGCCGUGAUGGACGACAGUCAGCUGCUGCUGGCCGACAGCUUCAGCCUGACAGAGGAGAUAAACAACAGCUCAGCACAGGUGGAGGUUUUGGGGGGGCAGCUGGAUCAGUGGCGCCCUCUGCUGAGGAAGCAGGUCGACGGUCUGGUUGUUGGUUUGAAGAUGACGGACGCUCUGGAGAAUGUUUACCGUGCAGAGAACCACGCCCACCUGCUGCAGAGCCACGCCCACUCUCUGUACAGCUCUCUGUCAUCGGUAUGUAACGUGUCUCAGAACGGCAGCCGAUUGGUUCAGCUGGACGGUGAUGUCACAGAGCAGGUUGACACGGCGCAACAGGUCGCCCUGAUCGCCCAGAUGUCCGCCUCCCUCGCUCUCAACAUGACCGUCCAAUCAGAGCAGCCGCUGUCGGUAGAUGGUCAAGCCAAACUGAAUAUCAGCGUUGCUGUUCUGGAAGAAAGUCGACAAAUCAACAAGUCAAGUGAAGACCUGCAGCUGAACGUCUCCAUGGUAACUACCACACUGCGAUUGGUCAGAGAGAGUGUCAGUAACACCAGCCUCCUCCUCCGUCAGCCAAUCAGAGAGCUGCAGAGCCUCUCUAACAGUUCGUCGGUGCCACUGCAGCAGGCGCAGCUUCAGGUUGCAGCUGCUCGCUCUGGCCUGCAGGAGGCGCUGCAGCGGCUGCAGCGACUCAGACAGCAGCUGCAGGAUUCUUCUUCUGUGGUGGAAAACACCAACAACACAGUAAAACAGACCAACCAGCUGGUGACUUAUACACAGACUGCAGCUUAUGAGGCGCAGCGUAAAAUAGAGGAGGCAGAGCAUCGUACAGAGCGUCUAAUGGACAGGAUAAAGCCACUGAGCAUGCUGGGAGAAACACUGAGCAGGAACCUGUCUGACAUCAGAGAGCUGAUCGAUCAGGCCAGAAGACAGGCGGCAUCGAUUAAGGUGGCGGUGCAGGCAGACAGGACGUGUGUUCGAUCCUACAAACCAGAGAUUCAGUCGAGUAACUUCAACACUCUGAUUCUGACGCUGAAGACGACAAGAAGGAACAACCUGCUGUUCUACCUGGGCAGCAACACACAGGCGGACUUUUUGGCGCUGGAGAUGCAUGAUGGGAAAGUUUCUCUGCUGUGGGACCUCGGUUCAGGAAGCACCAGACUGGAUUCUCUUGGACCAGAAAUCACCAACAACAGAUGGACCAGGAUCAACGUGACACGGUUCGGAGCCCACGGCUCUCUGUCAGUCCAUCAGCUGGAGUCGCCUCCGUCGCCCGCAGUAACAGCUACAUCGCCUGGACCCGCUCGUGUUCUAGACAUCGACAACAACACGGUGAUCCACAUCGGAGGACUGGGAGCUCACACUCAGACCCCUGCAGUGCUGCGCUCCACCACCUUCCAGGGCUGUUUGGGCGAAGCGUCGCUCAACGAGAGAAACAUCGGACUAUGGAACUACAACAGUAGAGAGGGAGAGUGUGGAGGCUGCUUCAGCAGUCCCCAGGCGGAGGAGACGUCCUUCCAUUUCGAUGGUUCUGGCUUCUCAUUGGUCCAGAAGUCUCUGCGAGCGACCUCCACCUCUGUCGUGCUGCUGUUUAAAACGCUGUCGCCGGGCGGAUUACUGCUGUACUUGGCCUCCAACAACACGAGAGACUUCCUGUCCAUAGAGCUGGUGGGGGGUCGAGUCCGUCUGACCUUUGACCUCGGCUCAGGUCCCCUGAUCCUGACCUCCAACAGAAAGUACAACACAGGAGUCUGGUACAAGAUCACACUGCAGAGAAACAAACGCAAAGGCUACUUGUCCGUCAUGGCAGCCGACCAAUCGUCAGACAAGGAGGUGUUGGAGGCGGAGUCACCAGGAACAGCCUCUGACCUGAACCGCUCUGACCUUGACCCCAUCUACAUCGGAGGACUCCCUGCCUCCCGACCAAUCAGGCGACAAGUCAUCUCGAGGUCGUACGUUGGCUGCAUAAAGAACGUGGAGAUCGCGCGGUCGAACUUUGACCUGCUGAGAGAUGCAUAUGGAGUCAGGAAGGGCUGCGUACUCGAGGCGGUGCGGAGCGUCUCAGUGUUGGGUGGCGGCUUUGUUCAGAUCGCUCCGCGCUCGCUUGGCCAGGAGGCAGAGCUUUUGUUCUCCUUCUCUUCCAACAACCAAUCAGGAGUCCUGCUGGCUGCCUUCAGUGACGACCGCACACAGCGUCAGCACUUCCUGUCUGUGCACCUGGCGUCCGGUUCAUUGGAGGCGGAGCUUGGAGAAGUGAACGGGGCCACACGGCGGGUGGUAGUGGUGAAACCCGAUGGUGGAUCCUUCGCUGAUGGAACGAAACACUCCGUCAUCAUCACCAUCAACAAGAAGUCUCUGUAUGUCCAGGUCGACGAGGAACACCUGAAGUCCGUCUCUCUGUUGCCAGGCGGACUCUCCCGUCUCUCUCCAGCCUCCUUUUUCAUUGGUGGGCUGCCUUCAGGUGAGGAGUCUCGUCUGCCAAUCAGAUUGCAGGACGUGUCCAGGUGGUUCAGAGGCUGCAUCCAGCACCUGGCGGUGGGCGGAGCGCUCAUUGACCUAUCAGGAGCAGUGCGGUACGAAGGGGUGGAGCUCGACAGCUGCCUAUUAGAAGAGAGAGUCGGGGGGGCGGUUCUGCCUGAUGACCAGGAUGUAGAGCCCACUCCUGACCCUGCCCACCUACCUUUAGCCCCGCCCACUCACCUGAGUGCCCUGACACCUGGAGCUCUGACAUGUGCCUCAGACGCGGAACCAAGCUUCCUCCCAUCAGCAGCUCAGUUUGGUUCGUCCAGACACAGUCACAUGACUUUCAUCAUCAGCCCCAACACUGUCCGUAAGAGUGUCUCCCUCAGGUUGUCGGUUCGAAGCCGGGCUCAGGACGGUCUUCUCCUCCUCCUCUCUGACUCCAACCAGAUGGAUCACGCCAUCCUGCGGCUGGCGGCGGGGAGGCUGUUGAUGUCAGCUGACCUGGGGAAAGGCCCCGCCUCAGUCACUUCAUCUGUUGUCAUUAACGAUGGAGAGUGGCACACAGUGAGUGCAGAGGUCAGUCGGCGGUCAGUGUCGGUGUCAGUUGACGGCUUGAGUCCAGACUCUGUGUCAGUUAAAGGAAACCAGCUGGACGUGAACAACAGACUGUACCUGGGAGGACUGCCACACACACACUCUACCAGGAGGAUCAACGCCAGCAGCAGUCUUCCAGGUUGUCUUCGCUCUGUCAGUCUGAAUGGUGCCAUGUUGGACCUGUCCAAGCCGGCGUCGCAGCAUGAUGUCACUUCCUGUUUCACCAAGGACCAGACAGGAAGUUACUUUAACGGCAGUGGAUUUGCCGAAAUCAUGCGUGAUGGAUACAAGGUCGGCUCCGAUGUGUCGGUGUCUUUGGAGUUUCGGACGAGUCAAUCAGAGGGAGUGUUCUUGGGAAUCAGCAGCGCAAAGGUCGACGCCAUCGGACUGGAGAUGAUUAACGGACAGAUGGUGUUUAACGUGAAUAAUGGGGCGGGGCGAGUGUCGGUGCGUUCCAUUGGUCAGAUACUGUGUGACGGACAGUGGCACCACCUGCUGGCGAGGAAGACCAAACACACUCUGAGUCUGAGUGUAGACGGGCGGAGCUUCACGACCCUCAACCCCUACCCACAAUCCACCUCUGCUGAGACCAACAAUCCCGUCUACUUGGGAGGAUUCCCAGUUGGGGUGAAGCAGAACUGCCUGUCUAUCAGCUCUCGGUUCAGAGGUUGUCUGAGGAACGUGCAGCUUAUCAAGUCUCACCUGAACGUCGCGCUGGACCUUAGAUCUGCUCACUCCCUGUUGGGCAUCACCCCUAGCUCGUGUCCUGUUGCCUAGCAGCACUCAGAAUGGCUCUGAUUGGUCCACAGACACUCACAGUUCUAUUAAUGCUUCAACAGAUUAACUGAAGUCAAAGUGAAUAUUGAUGAAAUGAUUUUCUUCCUCUCUCUGUAAUAUUGAUCUGACUCUG